UCUGUCUAGCUUAUCCCUCGGACGCUCCCUGGUAAUGGCGUGAAGAAGCUCUGGUCGCCAGGGAGUUCCAUGCUUUCGUUCUUUCUUGCUUUGGUUCAUACGGAGUUGGGGGAAUUGCAGCGGAGUUGGGUUGAACUCUGUUGUUUCGGUUGCACCUGCCUGCAGCUCUGGCCCAAGAUCGUCCUAAGGAAAUGGCUCAACAUCAGCUCCAGAGAAUCCGAUUUCAGCGCCGACGAAGGGGACACCACGGAGAGUGAGCUCGAGUAUGAAGAGAUGUGCGGUUGGGAGCGUCGACUGCGAGAUGAGGAGGCAAGAUUGGGCGGAUUUGGAGCCGAGAAGAACGGUAACAACGUGGAAGGCAUUCCUUACAGAUUACGAAGGCGAAAAUCUGAGACUCUUCGUGCACAAUAUAUUAAUACCAAAGAACUCAGGAUCUAUGUGGGGACAUGGAAUGUCGCAGGGAGACAUCCACCUGCUGACUUAAAUAUCAAAGAUUGGCUAGAUAUGGGGGAACCAGCUGAUAUAUAUGUGCUCGGCUUUCAGGAAAUUGUUCCACUAAAUGCUGGAAAUGUCCUGGGUGCGGAGGACAGCCGCCCCGUUCAGAGAUGGGAACAUAUAAUUCGUGAGACACUAAACAUGAUUCAGCCAGUUAAAGAGAAAUAUAAAUGUUACAGUGAUCCCUCUUCACCAUCAAGAUUCAAACAAUCAGAUGAUGUCAUAGAGGAUGAACUAUUGCUUGAGUCUGAUAGUGAAAGUGAUGAGGAAGUUCGACUUGAUGAACAGCCGAAUUUUCAGUCUAAUGAAAAUCAGAUUGAUGCAAGUGAAGAUGAUCCAAAAUGUAAUUUAGCAUCCCAGUCCCUUUUCGCUGCAGAUCAAUGUGCACAACGAGAAAAUAUUGACAAUCAAUCUUCCCUGUAUGUAUUUGAUAGAUACCAUAGUUCGAGUUUUAAGAAUCAUGGAGCAAGUUCAGAAGCCUUCACAAGUCAGCAAAAGAAGUUUACCAAAACAUUAAGCAGUUCAGAAAUGAUUGGUCUAAUUUGGCCAGAGCAGCCAUUGGAUCUGUUAUCCCAACACAAUAGGGAUACAUCAAAACCAAAAUCAUUAAACCCAGUAAAAUCUUUUAAAGCAUGCAAUUCAUUCAAUUCUCUACAUGGAGACCAUAAUGAUUCAUUUCUGACUCCUGAACUAGAUCUGGGAACUGUCGUGAAUAGAAAGAAAAGAUCAUCUUUUGUACGGAUCAUAAGCAAGCAAAUGGUUGGUAUUUUUCUUUCAGUCUGGGUCCGCAGAAGCCUGCGGAAGCACAUACAGAACUUGAAGGUAUCAACUGCUGGAGUAGGUGUCAUGGGCUACAUAGGCAACAAGGGAUCAAUAUCAGUCAGCUUGUCUAUAUAUCAGACACUUGUUUGCUUUAUAUGUAGUCACCUGACUUCUGGAGAAAAAGAUGGUGAUGAGCUUCGAAGGAAUGCUGAUGUGCGAGAAAUUCACAGAAAAACAUUAUUUAGUUCAGCUCCUGGUGUUGGAGUGGCAAAAACAAUCUUUGAUCAUGAAAGAAUUAUCUGGUUAGGUGAUCUAAAUUACCGCAUCAAUAUGUCAUAUGAUAGAGCUCACGAACUGAUUUCCAGAAAGGAAUGGUCUAAAUUAUUUGAGAAAGACCAGUUGAGACUCGAACUUAAGAAAGGCCAUGUAUUUGAUGGAUGGUCAGAGGGUGUUAUAAAUUUCCCUCCUACCUACAAAUAUGAGUUGAACUCAGAGAAGUACGUUGGGGAUGAUCCAAAAGGUGGAAGAAGAACUCCUGCUUGGUGUGACCGCAUUCUUUCAUAUGGUAAGGGCAUGAGGCUAUUAGAUUACAGAAGAGUCGAGCUAAAAUUUUCAGAUCACCGUCCUGUUGCAGCAAUAUUCAUGGCUGAGGUUGAGGUUUUCAGCCAUAGAAAGCUUCAGCGAGCUCUCACCUUCACAGAUGCAGAGGUUGAAGAACAACUAGUUUCAGAUGCUGAUAAUGGAGUUGCAAACUGCUUGUGGCUAGGACAGGAAAUAACAGAAUAACUCAGAUGGAAAGAUGCAGGCUGGUUCUCAAUAGGGUGGAUGUCCUUCCCGCGGAGUUACUUGAGCAUAUGCUGUGCAUCAACAUUUCAUCAUUUCCUGCUACUUAAACCGCAGUCAUGGAUUUGCACAUUACCGUGGCUUGGUGCUUGGAGAAGCGAGAGGGGAUCAUUAGGUGCAAUAAUACUGUGCGUGGCCCAAUGGGGGCUUGUUUUGGAUUGCUGGACAGUGUUUUGGCAGCAACGAGCUAUUGCAGCAAGAGCAACUAUGACUGUCCUUAUUAUCAUCACGUCUACCUGCUAUCGAAUAGCAAUCUUCUAGGAAACUUGCAUUUGGAAUUUCCAAGAUGUUCAUGAUCCAUCUUACGCACGACUGGGGGAGGUGACGGAUGGAAGUCACCUUGUGGCCUUGAUGACAUAGAGAGGAUUGUUGAUACCUCAAUGUCAUCAUUGCGUGAUCGAUGAUAUUUUAUUCUUUGGAUGUUAGCAUUCACCACUAUAUUAUAUCCUCCUAAUUUGACACUACCUGAUCUAGCUUCUCCAUUCCGGAGCUCCAACACCAUUUGCACGUCGGCUUCACUCUCCUACUACUCCUGUACUCGAAGUUGGACUUGAGCUGCUUACUCAUGGUAAAAGUCCCUCUCGGUAGUCUUCUUAUUCUCCCUCAUUAGGUCAAACAUGACUAUUGAGAUGCCUUGUACUCAAUUAAUAAGCAAUGUGUGGUGUUAUGUUGA